ACAUGAAUCUAAUCCGAAUGGAAUGUAUAAAGGCAUAUCCUAUUCGUGGUUAUCAUGCGGAAAAAAGCCAUAUCUCCGUAUUGUUAUACCCAAUAAAGAUCUAAGAUUCACUGCUCUCAAUAUCAUCUCAAGCUAUAAUUUAAAGGUUGAUCCCGAAUGUAAAAUAAAAACAGCUUCAGACGAUACAGGCACAUAUUAUCGUAAAGUUGCAAGAGAGUAUCAGAUACCACUUUCAUGGUGGGGAUUAAUAAGUGAUUAUAGAUAUAAUUUCAGUGCACCUUAUUAUGCGAAAUCUCAUCACUGUCCACAUGCAUUUUAUGUUCACAUUGAUAAGUUUCGCCUCAUAGACAAUUUCGAACCACUUUAUAAAAUCUAUCUAUCUUCUCUCUUUACCCACGAUCGAGCAUUGAUGCUAAUAUGGGAUAUAGAAACAUAUGAUUCACGUGGAUCAGGGAACUUCCCAGAAGCAAAAAAUGACAUGUCUCAAGUUUUUACGAUCUGCAUGACCCUACACUGGAAAGACGAUCCGAUUCCUCUAGAGAGAAUAUGUUUA